AUGAAUACAACUAUUAAUGAAGAAAUAAAUGAAAAAAAACCAGGCCAAUUUAUUAAUUCAAAAAUUCAAUAUACAAUUUUACGUGAACACUGUAAAGAUCAUGAACUUUCAGAUCAAAUAAGCAUUAGACUAAAUCUUACAUAUGAUUCUCCAAUUGAAUCAACAUAUUUUUCAUGGCGACUUAAAAAAUUUGAUAAAAUUAUAUAUCCAUUAUGUGAAUAUUGCAAAAAUAAUGGAAAAACAUGGCAUAAAAGAACACAAAAAAAAAUUAUUUCAUCAAAUAAUGAUAGUGAAGAAGAAAAUAAUGAAG